AUGGCCACCAAAGGCAGAGGUGUCAGCAAAGCAUCUUCCAGCAAAGGUGCUGGCAAAACUUCUGGCAAAAAAGCCCCCAGCAAAGAUUCCAAGAAACCUCCCAGGGUAUUUCCCGUCCUCACCAAGGGCAUCGAGUUUGAGUUUCUCGUGCCAUGGCAUUUCGACGUUGACGAAGACGGGAACGGAGGAACGGCCCUUGCGCCCGACCAGCGGUACCGGAUCACGGACGGCUACGUGAUUGUCGCGCGCCACACCGUCGCGACUGAUAGUUCCGGCGCCGCGAGUAUGAGCACCUGGAAUGCGGCAAUGACCAUGGUGCGGGUGGCUAUAUACGACGUCCUCGUGGCCAAUGGCGUCCAGGUCAACGUGCCUGGGGGCUUCACGAUACCAGCCUUUGACCCUACGCAUCCCCGCGCAGCCUUGACGAGAGGUGCGGGAUUUCUCCGCUGGAAUGUGAAUAGCGACUCUAGUAUCACGACGGAUUUGGACGCAGGUGAUUGGGUCGAGUGCGUUGAUCCACCACAAACCGAGUUUGAUCUCGCAGACAUUGAACUCAUUACACCAGUGUUGGAGGCUAACAACGCUGCAAGCGACGCUGAGAUCACGAAUGCCAUUGGCAUUCUCCGAGCUCAUUUCUUGUGUUUUACUCCGACAUCCAGUGGGCUUCACGUCCACGUUGGCCAGGGGUCAGUCUUGUAUGAAGAAGAGGACCUAAAGAGGAUAGCAGGUGUGCUAUUUGCCAUUGAUGUCUGGUUCCAACGGUUGCACCCGAAUCAUCGGCAGAACUCUAUGUAUUGUGUAAGCACACGCCGAAAGUCAUUCCUCGCACAUGGCUACACGGCAAAGCAGGCCCACGAUAUGGAAUACGGUCUUCUGGGGAAUCCCUUCAAUAACCCAAGCAUUACGCCCGGCAACCCUGCGCCAGAUGUCAUUCAAGCCUGGAAAGAGAUUGAGGCGGCUAGUGAUAGCCGUGUAGUCCUCAAGCUGCUUCAUACGUUUAGUAUGUCCACGUACAACUUUAAAGGCGUCCUGUCACCGAAUAAACCAACCAUUGAGUUUCGGCAGGCUGCUGGCAGUCUCAACGCCGAGUGGGCCGUCCACUGGUCAAAUCUCGCUGCCGGGGUCGUGGACUGGGCACGCCGAUGCGACGGUAAUGAUUCCGCAGACGAACUCCGAGCGUUUCUUUCCCAGGCUUCCUUGAAGGAGAGCUCGCCCAACACGCAAGCUUUUUCUCUGAUCAACAUGAUUCGGGAUCGGUUCAGAUUACCGGCUGUGGCUGACUAUCUUGAGAGAGUCCCUGGCCCCGAUCACCGUGCCACCCCCAGAGCAACAGGGCAGCAAGCGCGAUGGCGAGAAAACUUCAGACGCAGAUCCGGGAGACGACUUGGCGUCAUGCGGCCCAGGACUGAUUGGCCGCCUUAA